AUGGCAAAUAAAUGCCGUUUUACUAACACCUGUAAGGCAUGUCAUAGAAAACAUCAUACUUCAUUGCAUAGAUUUUAUUCUAAUUCUGAAGAACCUAAUGUAAGCAAUACAGUUUGCUAUUCUAAUUCAAAUUUAGAUAAUGCCAAUUCUGAAAAUGUUCCUACAGUGAGGGAAAACAUUCAACUUAGCACAACUUGUCUAAAUUCUAAUAGUGUAGAUACCUUGAUUGUAGACUGCAUAACAAGUGAUUUACCGAAUUUCACAUUUUCUUCAUGCAACUGGCCACACCUGCAUGGUCUAUUGCUUGCAGAUCCAACAUUUCAUGCAACUGGUCCAAUAGACAUUCUGUUAGGAGCCGACUUAUACGCUGACUUGCUAAUUGGAGAACCAAUUUUAGGGAAGAAGGGUACUGCAGCUGCACUCAAUUCUCAUCUAGGCUGGCUAUUAUCGGGAAGAGUGUUCUCAAACUCCAAUAAGGAAAAAUCCUUUGUGAACUGUCAUCUUACCUCAUCGUUGGAUUGUCAAUUGGCUAAAUUCUGGGAGCUCGAAUCUUUACCUCAAGCUGAACUGAAAUCAAAGAAUGAUUUAGAUUGUGAAGCAUUUUACGAAAAAACGGUUGCUAGAGAUCCAUCUGGACGUUAUAUUGUGAGAAUACCUUUCAAACAUUCUAUAGAAUUUGGUGACUCACCUACUCAAGCAAGUAAAAGAUUCAACUACAUUGAAAGAAAACUAAGUAAGAAUAAUGAACUUGAGCAUCAGUACACAACUUUCAUGUCGGAAUAUCUUCAACUAGGUCAUAUGGAAAGGGUUCUUUCCGACGAACUGAUUAAGGAAUCAACAUUUUAUCUACCUCAUCAUUUCGUUAUUAAAGAAGACAGCAACACAACCAAACUAAGAGUGGUCUUCGAUGCGUCAGCUAAGGAUUCUUCUGGUAAUUCUCUCAACAAUGCGUUGCAUGCAGGUCCUCGUUUGCAGCCCGAAUUAUUUUCUCUAUUACUAAAAUUUAGAACUUUCAAAGUUGCAUUUACUGCUGACAUCGAGAAAAUGUUUCGCCAAAUUCGUAUUCAUGAAGAGGAUGCUGAUUACCAACGAAUACUCUGGAGGUUCAAACCUGAUGAAGAAAUCCAGAUAUACAGAUUAUUAACUGUCACCUAUGGGACAGCCUGUGCUCCCUAUCUUGCUGUAAAAACACUUCAACAACUCGCUAAGGACGAAGAGAAAGCUUUUCCUGAUGCUUCANUUUCAUCGACCUUAAAUUUGGGAGUUCAAAAUUUGCUAUGCAUAUGUAGGGCCGCAGACAAAUUUUGA